AUGAAUGCACGAGCGCAGAGUGAACAUCUUUUCAAUUUACAGAUGCAAGGAGACAAGUAUGCGAGAUUAGUGGUCGAGCAGAAGCAUCGACUGCGUCAACUUGACGAUCACUCGAAAAAAAUUCACGACGAAAUUAAAGAAUUGCGAUUGAAGCGUAGUGAAUGUGAUCAACGGGGUGGUGGUGUGAAUGCAGUCCGUACUCGAAUGGCCGAUGAGCAGCGAGAGCUCAUUAAGCUUGAAAAUCGACUCUCAGCAUGCAAGAUUCGCGAGAGCAAGAUGAUCGCGUUCAAUACUGAUCUUCGGAAUCAAGUCGACCAGUUGCGUGCUAACAGGGUGUUAAGUCAGACUGUGUUUGAGAAGAAUCAACGUCGUCUACGCGAAAUUCACAGUAGUAUGCAAGAGACUUUUCGCCAAUCAACCCAAAUUGUAGCUGAGCGUGACCGGAUUCUGUCGUUAGCAAACUCGUUGUCGGGUCAAAAUUUGGGUGAGCAAGAAGCUUUCGAUCAUGUUUAUCAAAGUCUCGCAGCGAUUAUCAAACGAGAGAAAGAGAGUGCGGAGUUAUACCGAAAGCAAAUGCUUGAACAGGAUCCGAUGGACCUCUCUGAUACCUUUGUUCGAGGCAAUAUGAAAAUUGAGGAGGAGCAGCAACUGAAGAGAACUAUACAAAAGCUUGACUCAAUGAUGUUACGAGACAAACAAAAUAUUGCAACCAUUAACGAGAAGCUGCAAGAGUUUGAGACGACAUUUGCAGCACUACAGCAAGAAUUGAAAGUAGACAACUAUCACGAAAUGGUUGACGUGUAUACGAAAAAAGAGGAGGAAAACUUUUCUCUGUUUUGCUAUGUUCAAAGCAUAAAUAAUGAAGCCGAGCAGCUUGAGGAUGAGAAAAUGGCGCUAGAACAGGAGAUUCAAAAACUCAAGAGCGAGGUGCGAGACGGCAAAGCUAACGCAAAGUUGCGCAUGGUCGACGAUCUUGUUGCAACACGCCAAAAUAUCUUGGAGGAAAAUGCGGCUGUUGAACAACUUCGAGCUAAGGCUACACGUAAGUUCCAGCCGCUCGCACGAAUUGUUGAUAGACUGUACAACGCGCUUGGAUGCAACGACGUCCCGCCGCCUGUUCCCAGUGCAGAAUGUGAUGUUGAUACCUCGAAGCGUGCGAGAAAGCAGUCCGAGGACCAGCUUGCAAUUAAUACGCGUAUUAAUUCUAUGAAUGACCUCCUGGCUGCACAAGGGAUAACUGAGGGAAACAUAUUACAGUUUUUAGCGAUCAUUGAGCUGCGGAGCAGCGAACUUCUUGAGCGACUUUUGCGUCGCGUACAACACAUGAGCCCUGCCGAAACUCAACACCUUUUAUUCGGAGCAAAUCUACGUCCGAGUGAUCCUGUGCGGUCUGCUAAUGCCGUUAAAGCAGUAUUUCCUGACUAUUUCGAAAGCUUAGCGGGUGGCACCGAAAAUGACGAAUUGAGCUCUUCAUCGGCGUUAAGCUCCAAAAUAGCGAUUGUAGGAAAAGGCGAUGAUUUCUGUAUCGACAGACAGCUUCUGAGAGAUUUUUCAAUUGCCGAGGACGAACUAGAAAGUCUAAGAAACGAAGACGAAAUAGGUGAUCGGCCAUUGACUAGGCUUGAGCUGCAAAAACAAGCUGCUAAAGGUUUUGCAAAUUUACAGAUCAGCCCGAAGUUACAGCCGAAUCGUGCACAGCUCGUGGCGUCCAAGAAAAAAAAUGGAUAA